AUCAAAUUUAAUCUAUGCUUUUUUCUUUCAAGUUGCAAUGUUUCUGAGUUAGUCAUUUAAAUGACAUUAUUAUUUUAUCAAUUUUCUUAUAUUAUAAAAUUUAUAAGGCAAAUAAAAGUGGUACAUUACUUAAAAACUAAUAUUCUAUAAUUUCAUCAAUACAAUGGUCACAUUAAUAAAAACAAGAGGUUUACGUAUGUCUGCACAGAAACAGGAAACACUUUUAAAGUUAACUGUGUUAUCUCUUGCAGCAAUUUUAUCUUUUGCAACAAGAUUAUUCUCUGUCUUAAGAUUUGAGAGUGUUAUUCAUGAAUUUGAUCCAUAUUUUAAUUAUCGCACAACAAAGUAUUUAGCAGAAAAUGGAUUUUAUAGUUUUCAUAAUUGGUUUGAUGAUCGUGUUUGGUAUCCUCUUGGAAGAAUAAUUGGAGGAACAAUAUAUCCAGGAUUAAUGAUAACAUCAGCAGCAUUAUACCACCUUUCAUGGUUAUUAAAUAUUACCUUAGAUAUACGUACUAUUUGUGUCUUCCUUGCUCCAUUAUUUUCUAGCUUGACCACAAUUAUUACUUAUUUACUUACCAAAGAAUUGAAGGAUUCUGCAUCAGGAUUGUUUGCUGCAGCUAUGAUAGCAAUUGUUCCUGGUUAUAUAUCACGAUCAGUGGCAGGAUCUUAUGAUAAUGAAGGCAUAGCUAUUUUUUGUAUGUUAUUUACAUAUUAUAUGUGGAUCAAAGCAGUUAAAACUGGAGCAAUUUGUUGGGCAACCUGUGCUGCUCUUGCAUAUUUUUAUAUGGUGUCUUCUUGGGGUGGCUAUGUAUUUCUAAUUAAUUUAAUUCCUUUACAUGUAUUAACCUUAAUGGUGACUGGCAGAUUUUCUCAUAGAAUAUAUAUUGCAUAUAGUAUUCUGUAUUGUUUAGGAACAAUUUUAUCUAUGCAAAUAUCUUUUGUUGGUUUUCAACCUGUUCAGAGUUCUGAACACAUGCUGGCAUUGGGAGUGUUUGGACUUUGUCAAAUUCAUGCUCUAGUUGAUUAUUUACGUAGUAAAAUGUCACAAGAUGAUUUUGAAAUUUUAUUCCGUGGUCUUGUUAUUUCUGUAGUUACCAUAUCAUUUCUAUUAGGUGUUAUUUUAACUAUUACAGGAAAAAUAUCACCAUGGACUGGUCGUUUUUAUUCUCUUUUGGAUCCAUCCUAUGCAAAAAACCACAUACCAAUAAUUGCCUCUGUUUCUGAACAUCAGCCAACAUCAUGGAGUUCUUUUUAUUUUGAUCUCCAGAUUUUAGUAUUUCUAUUUCCUUUAGGAUUAUAUUUCUGCUUCUCAAAGCUAACAGAUUCGAAUAUUUUUCUCAUUUUAUAUGGAGUUACAAGUCUAUACUUUGCUGGUGUAAUGGUUCGUCUAAUGUUAGUGCUUGCUCCUGUAAUGUGUAUUUUGAGUGGAAUUGGAGCAUCCUCUUUACUUGUUACUUAUAUGAAACAAGUAGAAAGAGGAAAAAUUAGUGAUAAGAAGUUAAAAAAAUUUGAAAGUAAUUAUAUACUUAGAAGUGAGAUUGCUACACUCUUCAUAACAGUAAUGUGCAUUCUCUUUUUUUCGUAUACCAUUCAUUGUACAUGGGUUACAGCAGAAGCCUAUAGCUCGCCUAGUAUUGUGUUAUCGGCACGUUCUCCAGAUGGUGGUCGCAUGAUUUUUGAUGAUUUUAGAGAAGCAUAUUAUUGGUUACGCAUGAAUACGCCAGAAAAUGCUAAAGUAAUGUCUUGGUGGGAUUAUGGAUAUCAGAUUACAGCAAUGGCAAAUCGUACAAUUUUAGUAGACAAUAAUACAUGGAACAAUACUCACAUAUCAAGAGUUGGUCAAGCAAUGGCAAGUUCUGAAGAAAAAGCUUACGAAAUAAUGAGAGAGCUAGACGUUAAUUACGUUCUUGUUAUUUUUGGAGGACUUACAGGCUAUUCAUCAGAUGAUAUUAACAAGUUCCUAUGGAUGGUGCGUAUUGGCGGAAGCACUGAAAAAGGAAAAUCUAUAACAGAGUGGGAUUAUUAUAAUUCUGCAGGAGAAUUUCGAGUUGAUAAAGAAGGUUCUCCAAUUUUGCUCAAUUGUCUUAUGUAUAAAAUGUGUUACUACAGAUUUGGUCAAAUUUAUACAGAAGGAGGAAAACCUUCUGGUUAUGAUAGAGUUAGAAAUAUGGAAAUUGGUAAUAAAGAUUUUGAAUUAAACAUGUUAGAAGAAGCCUAUACUACAGAACAUUGGCUUGUUCGGAUUUAUAAAGUAAAAGACUUGAGAAACAGGGGAAUCUAAAAAAAGAUAUUAAAAAUAAAAAUAUAGAUUAAUAAUAAAGAAGUAAUAUUAUUGCAUCUCUAAACAGUUCCAUAAUUUUAUUUGCUU